GUGGUCUCGUGACCGUCCAUCUUCGGUCACGUGACCACAUGCUGAUGUUGCGGUAAAAAGAUUUUUGUGUUUGUCUCGUCUGUAACUCUUGGUCGGUUUUAGUCGGUUUUCCGGGUUUUUAGUCGGUUUCCGUCGGUUUAUUCCGGCAGCUCGUCUCUUCGCCGCGGUGUGAGAAGAAGAAGAGAAGAGCAGAUGAAACAUGGCUGCUCUCUUCAUACUUCUUCUCGCUGCUCCUCUGUUUUCCUGCGCCGCUGUCAAGAUCAACCCCUUGGUGCUCGACAAGCAGGUGCUGUGGGAGAGCGGCGAGGAAUCCGUGUCCACCUACAGGAUCCCGCUGCUCACCUUCACCCCGAAGGGAAGCCUGCUGGCCUUCGCUGAGGCCAGGAAAACGUCAGCUGGGGAUUAUGGGUCAAAGUUCAUCGCGACGCGGCGCUCCACAGACAAAGGAGCCACCUGGUCCACGUCGUCGUUCAUCAGAGACGAUGGAUCAGUCCUGGACGGCCUGAACCUUGGCUCCGUGGUGGUGGAUGAGAAGGCGCGCACAAUCAUUCUGAUCUACACCGUCUGCUUCCACCUCUACCACUGCAGCCCGGCCAGCACCAUGAUGGUGGAGAGCAAGGACGACGGCCUGAGCUGGGGCUCGCCCAAGAACCUCUCGCUCCAGAUCGGAGUCAUGAACUUUGCUCCCGGGCCAGGAACCGGCCUCCAGAAGCGACGUGAACCAAACAAAGACAGGUUGGUGGUUUGUGGUCACGGAACAAUAGAGGGUGACGGCGUUUUCUGCAUCCUGAGUGACAACCAUGGGAAAAACUGGACCAAAGGUGCAGCGCUGAGGAGCAUCCCCUUCAACCAGCCGAAGAAGCCUCAGGACUUCAACCCUGACGAGUGCCAGCCAGUCGAGAUGGAGGACGGCAGCAUCGUCAUCAAUGUGCGGAACCAGAACAACUACCACUGCAGGUGUCGCAUAGUGGCACGCAGCCAUGACGCGGGAAUGACCCUGCCCAUAGAUGAUAUUCACUUCGACUACGAACUGGUGGAUCCUGCAGUGGCAGCCGCGGCGAUGAUGAAAGAUGGAGUGAUGUUCUUCGUCAACCCGUCCAGCGAGCACCACAGAGUUAAUCUAACCUUGCGUUGGUCGCUGAAUAAUGGGAAAUCUUGGGAGAGAAAUGCAUUCCAGAUAUGGCACGGGCCGAGCGGCUACUCCUGCAUGACCUCGCUCGACAGCAAUUCUGUCGAGGACCAGAAGUACAUCUACGUCAUCUACGAGAAAGGCCAAAAAGACAUUGACGAGACUAUCUCGUUCGCCAAGAUCCACCUGUAUGGUGGCCUGUGAAGUUUGUGAAUAGGAGGUAAGGACAUCAACUUUAGGAAUCAAGCAUGAGGUGCAACAAAUAAAAACUGAUUUGUUUACUCUUGAUUUGAUUUGGGUGAAAAAUGUAUUUCUGAUGUGUUUUUCUACACCACUGUUUAACUUUCACAUCUUUUCUUUGUCUCUCAAAUUCAAACACUGAAGGGAAAAGGGAACAGAAAGAGGUUGUCUGCUCAUGCGAAUCUCUCAGGAAGAAAAGAGUAGAUGUUUAAGACUCUGAUUAUGAUGUGGAUACGGGAAAUGUAUGUAUCGAAAGAUGGACGAUGCAUCUUAACUAUUCAGAAAUGAAGCCAAAAUGUCCCGGAUAGAAACAAACCAGAGUUUUUACAGUAGUGAUCAGGGGAUGGAGCUGUAGUGGCAAUAAAUGCGCAGGACCAAACAGGAUCCUCCAAUCAUUACAUUUCAUCCCAUUUUUAUACUAUCAAUUAACUAAUUAAAACCACAUUUUAUGGAACAAUGUAUUUAUCCAUCAUCCUUAAAUAUAUUUGACCUGUAUUUUGACUUUAUUUUGGUUCAUGUCCUAUCAGCUCACAGAGAGGAGGCGGGACUAAUGACCUGUACUGCAGCCAGGUUUCAGUUUGGCUUCACUUUCAGGGAGCUGUCAUGUCGUCCAUCUUAAUAUUCAAUCUGUUCUAUGCACUUCGAAUGUCGAACAUGUCUAACUGAAAUUGCCUUUUUUUUCCAUACUUUAAAGUUCCAACGGUUGAUAAUAUCACAAGUCGGUUUGAGUUCCCUCUUUCUAGACAAGAGAAAAUAACGAGGGAUAGAUUUGUUAAAAAAUAUUGUACAGACCAAAAACCACCAGCUUAUACAUAAUUCAGACCAUAGUGUAACUUUUGUCUGUUUUGAAGCUUCAUUUUAAAUAUUGCACAAUAACUAUAGUAACUCUUUCACCAGUUUUCCAUGUAGUUAGACCUUUGACAAAAUGUUUGAUCUUCCUGGUCUAAUAACAUGGAUAGUGAUGCUACUCUGAAUUUUUUUUUCUGUUACUACUUAUGAAUUGAAAGUUUUACUGGAUCCUUGGUUCUGGUGUGAAAUUAUUCCUAUUUUCUCACAUAAUACAGUUAUCUCCCUCCAAUCAAUCAAAAUCAAAUUAUAUGUGGGUAUGUGCUUUUAAUCAUUGGAAAUUAAAAAUGUUGUAGACGUGAGUGUGUCAUGAAUACAUUCUGACUGUAACUGGAUCUGUUGUUGCUAAAAGCCUUUUUUAUGUGUGUGUGAGACUCCACUUGUGUGUGUGUGACUAAAUGUGGGAGUGAAUGGGAAAGUACAUAAUGUAUCCUCAUCUGCACUCCAGUGUAUUCGGAUGUUUUGUAAUCAGCCUCUUGCCAUUGAUGCUUCCGGCAAAAGAAUCUAAUGAUGUUAAUGAGCAGUGACAGAGCAAUAAAGACCACAUCAACACUGACAA